AUGUCGUUGAGCAUGCGCACUGAAACGUCGGCGAAUUUCAAAUUGAAAAUGGCGAUGUCAACAACAUAAAAUUGCGCGAAUGAAGAUCAUCUGAAGAGCGUUGAAGAGCAAAUUUAUAGUUAACCAAUAAGAUGAGUUGGGCAGCGGAGGAAUGGAAGGUGGACCUGUCCCACCAGGCGCGUCAGAAGGUGGAGCAGCUGGAGGGCCAGCUGAACAGGCUGAAGAAGGAGGCUGAGAUGAAGCAGUUCAAGAUUGACAGCAUGGAGCAGGUAAUACAGAAGGAGAAGAAGCGAGUGGAAGACGAGAGGUCAGAGAUGUCGGCGCUGAAGCGUGAGCUGCAGUCCAUCACAGAAUCGUGUCAGGACGUGGAGCAGAGACGGCAGAAGUUGGCCACCGACGUGCUCAGCAAAGACAGCCACAUCAAUGCUCUCAACGGCCAGAUGGCUCACUUGAAGAAGCAGCUCGACAUGGAGGUGGCCAAGGUAUCACAACUGCAUGCCACGGUUGAAAAACAUGAGAUGGAUCAGAUGGGUCACGGGGAUAAGUACGAAAAACUUGUGGCUGAACAUGAAAAACUGAAACAACUCAAUCAGCAUCAGUCCAAGGACUCCACUGCACUUCGCAGUGAGUGUGGAACGUUGAAACAUAAGCUGUUUGAGUUGGAGGAGCAGCUAAACAGCAUGAAGGCAGAGAAUGGGGAUCUGAAAACAAAGAUGAAGGACCAAGGGUCAGUGAAAGAAGCUGAUUACAAACACGUCACAGAGCAGUUGAAACUUGAGCGAGAAAAUAUGAAGAUUUUGGACAAGAAAUUGAGUGAUGAAAUAAAGAACCUUAAAGACUGUAUUGAAAAGAAGGAAAAGGAGCUGGAUAAGGUGAAAACUGAGUCAAAGGCCCAAGUAGAAAAAAUGGCUGCCAUGUUGAAAACAAUUAGUCUUGAAAUUCAAAAUAUGAAAGAGAGCAGCAACAAGAAGUCAACACAGGAUAGUCAGAAUAAAGCUAAACUUGAAGCAGAAGUGGCUGAGUUGAACGAUUUGGCAAAGAAUAAGGACCAAGAGAAUGAAAAGCUUCAGAAGGACAUUAAAUUCUUGCGCGACUCUUUGACAAACGCACAAACGUUAUCAGAAUCUGCGAAAACUGACUUGAAAAAUAAGGAAUCACUUAUUGCCCAACAAAAGGACAAUAUUGAUAAAAUCCAGAAGACAUUAGAUAAGCAGUCAGAGGAGUCAAACGAGAAGAUAAGUAUUCUUGAAAAGAGAAUAAAAGAAGCAAUGACAGAAAUGGACAAUAUUAAAGAUUCAAAGAAGAAUUGUGAAACACAGUUGUCCAAAAAGGAGAGACAAUUACAAGAUUGUGAGGCUAAAAACAUCAAUUGUGAAAAAGAAAAAGAAGAAUUGUCCAAAAAAGUAGUAGGUCUUGAGAAGAUAAAAGAACAACUUGUUUCAACGUUAGCAACACUAAAGCAGGAAACUGAAAGAUUGCUUAACCUGAAUGCAACAUUUAAGCAAGAAAUCAACGAGUUAAAAAAUACAAAUGCUGGCAAAGACAGAGAAAUAAGUCAUUUACAGGCCGAACUUGAUCGGAAAAAUGAAACACUAGAGUCUGUUCAAUCACAGUGCAGCACGUUAAGAUCCAGUUGCAAAUCUCUAGAAGAAACAGUCAGAUCAAUAAAAUGUGAAAUGGAUGAAAUAAAAGCAAAACACGAGGCAGAGUUAGCUGAACAUUGCCAAGGGCUCAAAAAUGCUGAGAAAAGAAUAGAAUCAUUAGUAAGUGAAAAAGAAAAGAUUGAAUCAGAAAAGACCAAGUUUGCUGAAAACGUUAAUUCUUUGGAUAAAAAGAUCAAGGAAAUAGAAAGUGAAAUUGAAAAACUCAAGAUUGAUAACAAUGACCUUCAGAACCAAUUGGAAAGGUCAGAUAAAGAAAAGAAUGACAUUUCUUACAACUUAACAAAACUUUUAAGUGAGCUUACUGAUCUUAAGAGUGUUAAAAUAGAUGUAGAAAAAAGACUUGAGGAAGCAUUAUUCUCAUUAGAAGAGAAAGAGAAAUGUAUAUUAGAUUUUGAGAAGAAGAUAAUAUCUAUGGAUGGGAAUUUAAUUGCGGCAAAUGAAUCAAUAAAUAGUUUUCAGAAGAAAAGCAAUGAUUUGGAGUUGCUCAACAAAACUAAGGAUGAAGAUAUAGCGAUUCUACAAGAGAAGAUGAAAAUAGCUGAUGAACAUCUUUUAAGUGAAGCAAAUAAAGUUCAAGCACAAUCUACUGAAAUUCAGAAACUGAAAGAUGAAAUUACAAGCUUGACAUUUAAUAAUAAUGAAGCAAAAGCGCAAAUGACAGCAACCAUUGAUAAUCUUAAUGGAGAACUGAUUGAAAGGACAAAGGUUAUCACUGAAUUGCAGGCUGAAUUGGCUCAUAAAUCUGGAGAACUUGAAAGAGUUCAAGCAUCUAUGGCUCAUGUACAAAAUGCAAAAUUGGAUCUUGAACUAAAGCUUAGCAGUCUCACUAAUUGCACAGAGGAAUUAACAUUGAAGCUAACAGAACUUAGUUCAGUUCAGGAGAGUCAAAAUGCCACAAUAAUUCAACAAGAAACUCAAUUGAACUCAUUAAAAGAUGCACUACAUAGCAAAGAACUUGCCUUAUCAGAAGUAAGUGCAAAGUCAAACCAAGAAAUAGAGGAGUUGAAAAAUUCUCUUGAAGCUAAAAAUAAUGAAGUAUGCUGUCUAAACAGUGAGUUGACUUCUGCAACACAAAAGCUGAAUGAUUUAUUAACAAAAAAAGAACACAAUGAGACUGUAACUAAAGAAUUGCAAUACAAGCUUGUAGGAUUUGAGAAAGAGCUUGAAAGUUCAAAAUUUGCUAUUGAGGACCUUACAUGUCAAAAUCAGAAACUUAAUUCCACAAAUAGUGAGCUUGAGAAAGAACUUGUCAACAAAAAAGAUGAAAUUAAUAACAUUGUCAAUCAAAAUCAGCAGAUCAGUGUUCAGCUGAAAGAAGAAAAUGUUGAAUUGAAAAAUAUUGUUGAAGGCAAAGACGAAGAAGUUCUUUCACUGAAGGAAGAAGUUAACCAUAAAUUAGAAGAAAUUGAGAAGCUAAAUGAACAGUUUUCAUCAGUGAAAUCAGAAAAAGAUGAGCUUCUGUGUAAGAUUGUUAAGAUUGAAAAUGAAAAAGAUGAAUCAAAAUUUGCAUUGUCAGAGAUGGGAAAGAAGUAUGAGCAAGUGACGAAACACAAUGAAGAAUUACUAGUACAGUGUCAGCAACUUAAGGAUGAUAUGAGUGAUAAUGAUAUGGAGCAAUCCAUUAUUAUUGCGAACCUUAAACAAGAGGUUAGUCAGUUGGUCAACACACUUGAAGCUAAAGAUGCAAGCAUAAAACAGCUUGAAAAUGAAUUAGAACAUAAAACAAAAGAAAUGUCUCAUGUUUCAUCAAAACUUGACGAAAUAACUCUGGUUAAAACUGAUACUGCAUUGAGGGUAACAGCAUUAGAGCAAGAUAAAGAAUCAUUGCAGUUUGCAUUAAAUGAAUCCAAAUUAGUCGAGGAGCAAUUGAAGAAGUCUGAAAGUGAGUUAUUACAAUCAGUUGUUGAGCUUAAGGAUCAGUUAGCUGUAGUUAGAGAGUCUGAAAUGACUAACACUAUUUCAUUGAAACAACAAGUUGAGGAAUUAGAAAACCAGUUGGAAGGUAAGGAAUGUGAAUUGAAUAAUCUAAAAGAAGAAAAAAAACACUUGAUUGACAAACGAGAUAAACUCCAGACGCUCUUUGAUGAUACAGAACAGUCUAGAAGAGACUUGGAAGAGGCCAUGACAUGCUUAAAUAAUAGAUUUGAAGAACAGGAAUUUGUAGCAAAAUCACUUCAAGACAACAAUGACAGCAACAAAAAGGUUAUAGACGGAUUAACUAGUGAAGUUGAAAGAUUGAAGGAAAAAUUGAAUGAUGUGACCAUGGAAUCCACUACAAAUGUAGCAAAGCUUACGCAAGAAGUGUCAGAUGCUAAGAAUGUUAUUGAUGGUAAAGAAGAAUUGAUAGCACAAUUGCAGUCUGAAAUUGAGCAUAAAGCACAGGAAAUAAUUCAAACAGAAAGUGUGCUGUUAAAGUAUCAGCAAGAAAAGGAUGAGGCACUGUCUCACUUGUCUGAAGUGCAAAGGGAGCUUGAUGAAAGCAACUUUAAGCUAAAUGAAAUCAUAAUGGCAAAGUCAGAACUGGAGUCAAAAUUGUCUUUGUUGGAAAAAGAAAUCGUAGAUAUAAAAGAUGAAUAUAGUGAUCAAGCAAUGGAGGAAUCUGUAAACCAAGCCAAACUAAAGCAAGCAAAUAAUGAGCUCCAUAAUUUACUGGAAGGAAAAGACAUUGAAAUAAAACAGAUUGCUUCUCAGGUGCUGAAUCAAGAAAAUCUAUUAGAAAAUAUUAAUAAUCAACUAAAAGAUGUUAAAGCUGAAAAGGAAGAGACUGUUCUAAAACUUAAUGCCUGUGUUAAAGAGCUAGAUGAAAUGAAAUUUUCGCAUCAGACAUUAAUGACAGAAAGUGAAGCUUUGAAGGAGUUAAUAACAUCAUUGAAUGAUGAAAUUAAUAAAUACAAAGAUAAAACACAUGCUAUUGAAAAUGAGAAGCAUGAAAUUGAGGCAAAAUUGCAGUCAGUUACCAGAGAAUUACAAAACAUAGUUUAUGGUAAAGAGGAAGAGAUAACAUCACUUAGACAGGAGUUGAGCCAUAAAGCUGAAGAUUAUGAAAAAAUAAAAAAUGAACUUAAAUCCAUACAUGACAAGUGUAAAAGUAGUGAGCUUGUAAUACUUGAAUUGCAAGACGAAGUGAAUACUCUGAAAUUUUCCAUCCACAAAUCAGAAGAAGCAAUUGCAGAAAAGAAUGGUAAUCUUGCUUUGUUGCAAACUGAAAUACAAUCUCUUAAAGAUGAAAUCAGCGACCAGACAGUUGAAGAGAGCAUAAAUAAAGCAAAUAUGAAACUGCAAUUAAAUGAACUUCAAAAUAUAGUGGAUGGAAAGGUUAAUGAAAUAAGCUGUUUACAACAGGAUGUCUCACAUUUAAGGGUUCAACUUGAAAAAAGCAAUUGUACAAUUACAGAACUUGAGCAACAGAAACUGGACAUGUUGAGUGAACUUACACAGUUACAACAGAUUAAUGAAGAACUUAAAAAUAUUGACUCUAACAAGGAAAAAUGUUUAGAAGAGGCUAAUCAGGAAUUACAGCACACUAAGGAAAAACUUGAAAAAGUUACAAAUAAAAUGACAAGUUUAAAUGACCAUAAAGUUGAAAUUGAAGCUAAAUACAAGACCAUUUUUUAUGAAAAGGAUGGAAUGGAGAGCAGAUUGAACGAAGCAAAAAGUUAUUGUGAUGCGCAGGAAACUAAAAUUGAACAGCUAAGUCAGGAAUUGUCUGCUAGAAAAGAUGAACUUGCAAUGCAAAAGAAUGAAGAUGAAACUACUAAGGUUAAAAUUAGUCAAGAAAUUGAUGGUCUUAAAAAUACUUUGAUUGAAAAUGAAGUUCAAAAACAAGCAUUAGCUAAAGAAAUUGAUCAUUUAAAACAGAACAUUGAACACUUAUCGAAUGAAUUGCAAUCCAUUUCACAUUUAAAAUCUGAAAUAGAAAUGAAACUUGUAUCAUCAGCAGACAGAAUUGAACAGUUAAAUUUGGAAAUACAAACAGCUACCCUUGUUAAUGAACAGCAUCUUAACAAAACUGAAGAUCUUGAGCGUGAAAACAUGUCUUUAAAGGAUAAACUUAAUGACUUGAAUGUUGCAGAGUCAUUAAAGAAAGCUGUCUUUACUCAAGAAAUCGAGGUUUUGAAAACCGAACUGGAACAAAAGAAGACAGAAAUAGAUCUUCAGGGAAAUCAAAUAAACAAAUUAUCAGAAAGUAUUGAAAUUAAGUGCCAAAAUCUGGAGUCAGUAUUAAAGGAAAAGGCUGUAUUGGAACUAAAGGUUGAACACUUGGAAACAGUUAUUGGUGAAACCAACUUCUCCAUGUCAGAAACAGCUAUUAAAUUGAAUGAAAAGACUGCACAUGCUAAUGAACUUGAGAAAAAAAUAUCUGACCUCAAGGACCAUUUGAAUGACAAGAAUGUUGAGAUGACUUCAAGUCAGGCAUUAUCAUCACAGCAAAUUAACGAAAUUCAAAAUUCUCUUGUUAUUAAGGGUCAAGAAAUGGAUCAGCUUUAUGCAGAAUUGACUGUACUGAAAAAACUGAAUUACAAUCUUGAAUCAUCAAAUGAGAAGUUGAAGUCGGAAAUUCAAGAUAAAGAAGGAGAGCUCUUGAGCCUUAAAACUGAGAAGGAUGAAACUAGUUUUCUGAUCAGUAACUUUGAAGCAUUAAAAACAACCCAUUUAGCCAAAGAAGAGAAAUAUCAAAAUGAAGUAAAGCAGCUAAAAGAUGAACUUAACAUUCUGCUAACUGACAAAAAUAAUCUGGAAGCCAAUAUUACCCAGUUAAAAGAAGAAGCUUCUAAUACAUCGGAAGGGAAGGAAGAAGAGAUUGCCAAUCUUAAAGUGCAGUUAAACAGAGAAUUAAAUGAAAAAGCAAAUAUAGUACAACAGCUGGAAGUAUUACAAAGUAACGAAAGCCUGCUAAAAGAAGAAUGCAGUGAAAUGAAAACAAGAUUACAAGAGUUUGAAUUUAAAGUGGAAGAAGAAGCAAAAUUAUUAGAUGACAAAGAAAAAGAAAUUGCACACCUACAACACAAAGUCACUGAAGUAAGUGAUAAAUUAAAAAGUGUACAAUCAUUAUUGGAUAAUGAAAAAGCUGAAUAUUUUGUACAAAUGGAAGAAAUUAAGAAUAUGAAUGAGGGCAAAAAUGAGGAAAAAUUUAAACUGGAACUUGAAUUAAAGCACAAAUCUGAUGAGUGUGAAAAAUUAAUUGAAAGGUUAUCAGAAAUAGAAAGAGACCUUAACGAUAAAAACAACUCUUUGAUUAAAUUGACAAAUAAUUAUGAUGCCAGUGUUUUAGAAAUAGACCGUACAUCAAAACUUUUAGAAGAACAAACAUUAAUUUAUGAAAUAAGAAUACAAGAAUUGGUUGAUAAGAAUGAUAUAAAUUUGAAAGAAUAUUCAGAAGUUGAAAACCAAAUACAAAUAAAGUCUUCUCAGUUAAAAAUCAGCCAGCUUGAAUGUGAACAAAUGCAAGAGGGAAAUACUUUGCUUCAAAAACAAAUUGAUCAACUCGAAAAGGAUAAUGAAUGCCUUGAAAACCAAAUCAAGAAUUUGACGGACAGACUGACAUCUCUUGAUAUGGAGAAAAUCAGUGUCACCCAGGCCCUUACUGAACUGAGAAAUGUUAAUUGUGCCAAUGAAAAUGCAAUGUCAGAACUACAAGAAAGGGCAAGUAUUAUGCCGUCACGAAUUUUAGAGUUGCAAGAUUUAAAUGAUAAUUUGGAAAAAAGGCUUCUCAACAAAGAGAAUGAUUUAGUGUCAUUAAGGCACGAAUAUUGCAGUACAAAUGCAGACUUAACAGAAGCAACUAAGCAAUUAGAAAGUGAGAUAGAAGAAUUGAUUACCAAACUUACUUCAAGAGAAGAUGAACUUAAAUUAAAAGAAAUAGAGACAAACGAACUUCAUAAAAAGUUUGAUGAUAUUGAAGGAAAGCUGAAGGAAAAUGUAGAAAUCUGUGGUUUGCUUGAGGAAGAAAGGAACAGUUAUCAGGGAAAAACAAAUAGUCUUGAAGAAAAAAAUUCUGAACUGUUGAUGUCACUUGACCAAUUGAAAACAGAAUUAAACAAUCUAAGAGCAAUACAUGACCACUCAGAAAAGUCACUCUGCAGUAAAGAAGUUGAGCUGCAGUCCACACAGGUUUUCACGCAGUCCAUACAGGAACAACUUGAUCUGGUCAGUUCAGAUUCUAAGAUUUUGGAGGAGAAAUUGCAAAAAAUGAGUAUUGAAAAAGAGGAAUUAGUUUUUAACCUGCAACAAUUAAAAAUAGCAAAUGAACUUCUUAAUAUUGAGAUAAAAGAAAGAGAUAACAAGCAGUCAAAUUUAGAGGACGAGUCAAAUGAAAAGAUUCAAGAAUUUCAGGACAAAAUCUUUAAACAUGAAAAUACAAUAAGAAAUCGAGAUGAACAGAUUGCUCUAAUGGAAGAUGAGAUCAAACAGUUCCAAAAAGAAAUUGAAUCUUUAACUAAGCUACAAAAUCAGCUUCAAGAAAAAUUGGAUGAAACAGGAGGACAAAUAUAUGAUUUGAAAAAUGUGAACAGUGGCUUAACAUCAACAAUAUCAGAUCUGAAUAUAGAACUGGACAAAUUAAAAUCUGACUUUAAAUUUGAAGAAUGUCAGAAAGGUGAUAUUAAAAAGAAUAAUUUGACAUUAAAAGAUGACAUUGAAAUUUUGAAACAUGAAAAUCUCAGAACAAGAGAAAUUCUGGACACAAAAGAGAAAUGUUUGACGGAGGCAUUAACACAGUUGGAAGAUUUAAAAUUAGAAAUUGCAAGUAAUGAGAAGGCCAUGGAGGAACAUACAAAGAACUACAAUGAGCUGAAAGAACUUCUUGAAGAAAAAAGAGAGUUUAUUUCAACUCUUAAUAUAAAAAUCACUCAACAGCAAACAGAAAAUACAGAAUUGACAGAUAAAAAUGAAAAGCUGGAAUAUGAGAUUUCAAAAUUUCAGGGUGAAUGCUCUCAAAGAAGUAAUGAAACAGAUGCUCUGCUAGCUGAUUUGACGGAAGCUAAGCAACAGGCUUCUGUAAAUGAGAGAGCAAAAUUUGAGCUUGAACAAGUUUUGCUAGAAAAAGAAUCUGUCAUUAAUGAUCAUCUUAAUAUAAUAAACAAUUUAAAUAUUGAAAUAGAAACAGUUAAAGUUAAGUUGACCGAGUCACAUGGUUCAGUUGAAGAAAGUAGCAAAGCUUUUCAAGAUUUGAACAUACAAGUAGAGCAACUUCAAGCCAAUUACAUUAAACUUGAACAAACUCUCAAACAGACUGAAUCAGAAAAAGAAGAGUUAGAAGGAUUGGUUGAAUAUACAACGGUUGAAAGCGGUUCCAAAGACGAUCAGAUUGAACAACUCAAUGAUCAGCUGAGAGAUUCUGAAAGGCAAGUUGCCGACUUGAAAAAAAGUGUGAGGGAAAUGGAAGCAGAAGCAUCUAAACUGUCUGAUAAAUUAGCAGAAACAGAGGACUGUGUAAAUGUAAUUCAGACAGAAAAGAAAAUUCUUGAGGAGAAUUUCAGAAUGAAAGAAAAAUCCUCUGAAGAAACUUACGGUGUCAUUGAAAGUAUGGAAAAGAACAUUAAAUCAUUAGAAAAUGACUGUGAAAAUUACAAAGAUAUGCUUGAGUCAAUGGAAUUUGAGCAUAAAACACUCGAGGAUAGAAAUGAUGAGCUAGAGAAAAAUAUUGUUAUGCUAGAAAAACAAGUAAGUGAAGAAGUAGAGAAAAAUAAUCAGUUGCAAACAAACUUUCAGUCAGAAGAAACAAAGCAUAGAAAAAAUAUAGAAAGACUUGAAAAAGAACUUGAGAAAAUGAACCAAGAUGGUAAGGAUACAAUAGAUUCAUUGCAAAUGGAGAUAAUUGAUUUAAAGGAGACAAAUACCAAACUAACUGAGACUGAGAAACAUUUGAAAGACGAGAUAAAAUUCUUAAAAUCAGAUAACGACUUUUUGAAAUCUUCCCAAAGUCAACGUGACUUCAGACAGAAUGAAGUCCAAGCAAUUGAAACAGAAUUACAGACUGUGAAGACAGUGAAUCUACAGCUUGAACAGCGUGUGGCUACUCAAGAGCGUGAAAAGAAUGACUUGCUCACAAAGUUCCUGGCCCUAGAAGAUAAACUUAAUGUAGCGGAAAAAGAAGUGAAAUCAUAUCUCUCUCAGGUGAACGAGCUAGAGGUAGUUAUUCAAGAGAAGAAUCAAGCUGUGAGUGUUCUGGAGAAGCAGAUGAAGUCAGUGCAGAAGUCAGAAAGUGAGGCCACCAAAUCUCUCACUAACCUUCGAACUGAAUAUGCCAUUCUGAAGCAGGUGAAUGUAGAUCUGGCUGGUGUAAUAACAGAUCUGCGUGUUGAGGUAUCGAGGCUGCAGGAAGAGAAUUGUGAUCUGAAUGCAGAGCUGAUGCGGGAAACAGAAGUAAGGAACACAGUGACAUGUCUGAAACAGCAGGUGUCAACUCUACAGGACAAUUUGAGGCAGGAAGAAUCUGAAAAGAAAGAGAUAGAGGAGGAAGCCACAAAGUUGAAAGCUGAAGCUGAGAAGCUGAUGGCAGAGUUGGCCCAGGUUUCCAGUCUUGAAACCGAGCUGACCAGACUGAGGACACUGGUUGCAGAGGUGGAAACGAGGGACGCGGAGAUUGCCAGGUUGAGAAACGAGUUGGAGACCAUGUCGAAACAACAGGCUGCUGUGUCCACGUCUGCUGAGGAGGAGAGCCCUGAGAAGCUGAAGGAGACCAUAACAAAACUGCACAGUCGCCUCUCCAUGCUGCAAGCUCAAUUGCUGUCUGAGAAGAAAACGAACACAAAAUACCUGGAGCAAAUCAAGGCAAUUAACACAAACAUUGAAACCAAGGUCUCUGAGAAAACAGAGGAGCUGCAGAGAGCACUGGUCCAGGCGCAGGCUGAGGCUGACACGUACCUCAACAAGUUCCACGCCCUGACCCAGAGAUACUCGCGCCUGGUGGAAUCCAUCCAGCACAGAGACCUCCAGAAGACCGUCUCCAACACGAAAGCCGCUGAUUGUCAUAGUACAGAGACAGAGUCGUCCUCUGAGCCCAAAACUGAGGUUUCUAUGGAAACAAGCUCCACAAAAAACAGUGAACCAAUAGCCAAGAGACUUAGGAAAUCUGACCAUGGAGUACAAAGUGUUAUCACAAAGCUGGUUGAAGCGGAGACGACGCCAAAACGAAAGAGCCCCAGAAGUUUGUCUAGAUCUAAAGGAGCAGGUGCUGUUACAACACCCGAGAUGAAGUCGGACACCAGUGUAUCUGCUCCGUUUAAAGCAGAAACUAUUGCUGCUACCAUGGCUAAGCAGACUUCAAAGCCUUCCUUAAUUAAAGAAAGCUUAUUAGGUGAAGCAUCCGUAAAAAGCAUGAAUGAGUUGGGAUAUUUGAGCAAGACUUUGAACUCUACUGGAAUGCUUUCCACUACUAACUUGAGUGAUAUGUAUGUGAAAAGCAUGACUGAAUCUCAAAAUUUGAGCAAGACAUUGAACGCUACCGGAAUGCUAUCCACAGCAAAGGCAAGCAUACUCGGUGAUGUGUCUGAGAAAAGCAUGAAUGAAUCCCGAAAUUUGAGCAAGACUAUUAAUUCCACCCUAACAAAGGAAAGCAUAUUGAAUGAAUCUCGAGGGAUGGGUAGGACUUUGGACUCUAGGGUGGCUGACAUUGGCCCUGGAGCUAGUGGCGGACCAGCUAGGGUUGCCGUCAAUUCCAACCAGGCAGGGCGGGUGAAAGGGCUAAGAUCCAUUCGAACCACCACCAGCACGGGGUCGGCGUUCAAUCCUGGCCCCUGCGCUGAUCCCAGUAAACCAGCAGUGAAAAAACUGGACACCUCUGUAGUGAAAUCUGUUGACCUCACUUCGCUGUCCUCUGCGGACAACUUGCCUAGGAUGGAAGAGCCAGGAAAGUCACUUGGGAAAAAAGAGGAUGUUUGCGUCUCACCAAAGAAGAAGGCAAGCGCAUUGAGCACCAUCACGAACAGCCCUGUGAAGAAGCCCCUGGCUGUGGACUGCGGCCCCAGCAUCUCGCUGAGCGGGCCCCCUAGAGCCUUGAGCCGCACCAAGUCCCCGCUGAGCCGUACCAAGUCCCCCCACAUGACCAGGGGGCGCGCGCAGUCAAGGCAAGAACCUAGCGCCACCCAGGCCCCUGAAGAUGUGCCCGGGGAUUGUGCUCCCUCUUGAGAGGGGACGUGUAGAUGAUUAAAUAAUUAACCGUGCAAUGCUAAAAAUCAGUCUUAAAACUGGGCUUAUUGUAUGUGAUAAAUGUACAGGCAUCUCUGGGACAAAACUUUCUGCCUAAAUUAUAGUUUUGCUUAGAAGCCGUUAGUGUUAUUCCUGAUUAGCCUGUGUGAACUUCCCAGGCUAAUCUAGAAUGACACUAUGCACAUUCAUGUGUCCAGUUUUCCACAACAAGGCUUAGUUUUAUGCUGUUCAUGGGCAUCAAAGCUUCAGACCAGACUGAUAAGUGGCUGAUAUUUUAUUGUCCCCUACCGGUUUCACCAGAGGGGACUUGUGGUUUACGCUCCGUCUGUCAGUCCGUCCGUCACACUUUUCUGGAUCCUGCGAUAACUUUCAAAGUUCUUUAUAUUUUUUCAUGAAACUUGAAACAUCGAUAGAUGGCAAUAUGGACAUUGUGCACGUCAUUUCAUUUUGUUCCUACAUCAAAAAUUCUGGUUGCUAUGGCAACAAAUAGACUAGAAAUACUGCUGAAAAUGGCGGUUUUCUGGAUCCUGCGAUAACUUUCAAAGUUCUUUAUAUUUUUUCAUGAAACUUGAAACAUCGAUAGAUGGCAAUAUGGACAUUGUGCACGUCAUUUCAUUUUGUUCCUACAUCAAAAAUUCUUGUUGCUAUGGCAACAAAUAGACUAGAAAUACUGCUGAAAAUGGCGGUUUUCUGGAUCCUGCGAUAACUUUUAAAAUUCUAAAUAUUUUUUCAUGAAACUUGCAACAUGGAUAGAUAGCAAUAUGGACAUUAUGCACGUCAUUUCAUUUUGUUCCUAUGUCAAAAAUUGUGGUUGCUAUGGCAACCAAAAAAAUAUAUUCUGAAUGUGGUGGAAUUUCUGACAAUGGUGGUGCUGGUACGGGACACUAUUGCUUGACAAUAGCCUUGUUUGAACAGGUUAUGUUGUUGUUUCUGAGAUUUAGUGUUAUAGGCAAUGUAGUGGACAUAGGUUACAGCAGAUUGCCGUUAAAGAAUGUAUAUAAAAUUGACCAGUUCUUUAUAAUUGGUUAUUUCUUUGGUUUUACUAAGCUCCUGCAAUGUUUAAACACCUAACUGUAUGGUGAUGGAUUUAAAAAUUGUGCUGCUAUGAAACACAUGCUUUUCUUUAUACCUCCUAGUUUUUGUCCUAAAACUUCUAGUAUUUCCUACUGUUCUCCUACAUGUAGUUUAAUGCAUUUUUUGCAACAUUUUUAACCAGGUUUUCCGAAGGAAAAAACUGGUUAUUAGAUUGGCAAAUGCGGGCGGGCUGGCUGGCUGGCUGACGGGCUGGCUGGCGGAAUAAGCUUGUCCGGGCCAUAACUAUGUCGUUCAUUGUCAGAUUUUAAAAUCAUUUGGCACAUUUGUUCACCAUCAUUGGACGGUGUGUCGCGCGAAAUAAUUACGUCGAUAUCUCCAAGGUCAAGGUCACACUUUGAGUUCAAAGGUCAAAAAUGGCCAUAAAUGAGCUUGUCCGAGCCAUAACUAUGCCGUUCAUCGUCAGAUUUUAAAAUCAUUUGGCACAUUUGUUCACCAUCAUUGGACGGUGUGUCGCGCGAAAUAAUUACGUCGAUAUCUCCAAGGUCAAGGUCACACUUUGAGUUCAAAGGUCAAAAAUGGCCAUAAAUGAGCUUGUCCUGGCCAUAACUAUGUCAUUCAUUGUGAGAUUUUAAAAUCAUUUGGCACAUUUGUCCACCAUCAUGGGACGGUGUGUCCCACGAAAGAAUCACGUCAAUAUCUCCAAUGUCAAGGUCGCCACGACUAAAAAUAGAUUUAAAAAAAAAAACACUUACAAAGGGGGUUAAUUUUUUUUGGUCAUUUCAAAAGUUCAGUUUGAGUUUUCUCCCUUUAUCAGAUUUUUUUUUCACAAUGAAAACCUGGUUUUGUGACAAUUUUGUCCCUUGUAUUGUAUUGGAAUGCCUGUCUUUAUAGAGCUUGAGGUUUAAAAAGAACGUCUUAAUGACACAUGAAGUGCAUUGGUAUGUUAAUCUCAGUGUUACAUUGCUUUUAAGUCUGGUAUUUGCAUGUAUAUAUGUUUCUACCCUGCUAGAUUUUGAAACCAAACUUCUAGUGCCAAUUUAAGUUCAUUCAGAAUGUGUUGUAUGAUUGUUUCAAUGUAGGUAUUGUACUGUUUUGAUGUUUCUGAAUUUGUUAAUUUACAUUUCAGUUUGAUCAUCAACAUUUGUUAAUUAUCCUUUUGUCAAAAAGAUCGACAAUGAUUUUCUUAUAUGCACUUGUAGUAUAACUUGUGUUUAGCCUACACAGCAUGUAGAAAAAAGUACACCAGUAAGUAGGAAAAAUUAUUGUUAGUUUCUGAGAAUUAAAAAUGUCUAAUUAUUUGUAUUUCAAAUAUUUAAGUUAAUUCUUAUCAUAUUUGCUUUAAUGUUAUAUAUUCAGAAUACCUAUUGUGUCAUGUCAUGUACACAAUUGCUUUGUAAAUAUGAAUUGCAUAUUGUAGCAAAUGUUCUUGUUAACUGUUUUGUUGGUGUCCUUGACAAUAUAUGUGUUUUUUUAUUAUGCUAUGUAGCCUGAUUUUUUCUAAGGAAAGCUUAAUAGUUAUAACUUAUUUUUUUUUACAUAAUGGCUUAUUGUAAUAUAAUUUAUGGUAUUUCUGUUAGUGUACAGUUAGACGAACAUUCUAUUUAUAUUUAUUUGAAGUAUAUACACAACAAUACCUCUAGCUUCUUUCACUUUAAUGUUUCAAGAAAUAUACAUAAAACAGCCAUACAAAUAUAUGCAAAUGUUACAAGUGAUAGCAAUCAAAUAUGUCUUGUGGUCAUUGCAGUAGGUGACUGACAGAAAACAAACAACACAAUCAAGGCACAAGCCUGCUGUCCUGGUGCAGCUCUUGUUCAUGUCUUGUUUAGUCUAAGCAGGUUUGUUGCUAUCAGACAGACUGCAAUGCGCUCCCUCUUAAUGAUUGUUGUCCGUAUGUAAGUUUUUGUGCAACCAAGUUUUUGUUGGAAAUAACCAACCUAAAUCAAGCAAAUGUAUAUGAACAUGAUUUUACUGGUAAUUCUUUGAAAGGUUCACAUUUGUGUUUCAAUUAUAUAUGUUUGUCAUUUAGUGCUGUUUGCACCCACUAAUAAAACUGCAUACUUG